AUGUUUCUUUUUCUUCUGGUGAGACAAGAAGUUUAUUUCAAAAAUAGUAUCACGAGAUAGCAGAUAUCCAUUGAACUGAGCCUUCUGUUAGUGACGGCACUGGUCGGCUGCAAGAAGGCCAAACCUCGAACGGCAGCUAGCAGUAGAAAAAACUCGAAUGCUGCGGUCGGCAAACCAGCCGCGGCUUCUACCGGUGGAGUUAUCGCUGUUAGUGGUGGCAGCGGUGCUGCUCCAGCAAAAACUCCUGCUUCUUCAAAUCCACCUGCAUCUAAUAGGGCGGCUGUCGCUGGACCAACUAUCAAAAGCUCAGACAAGGGGUCUGACUGCGCUGGUGAUCAAACUCUUGAUGUGGGUUUACUUCGUAGUGACUUCUUUUUUCACGUUGUCGACCAUUCGACAUUGGCUUUAAUCAAGGAACUUCAUGGCAAGCGUUCUUUGUGUCAUGCAGUUUUAAAAAAGCUCUGAGAUUCUUAAUUUUUCUUGUCUGAAAACAUCGAAAAAUUUUUUUCGAUGCAAUUGAUACUGUAAAACAUUUUAGUGGGCACUUUAGGGUUUCAACGUUUAAGUGGCCACUAUAGUAGUCAAAUUAGUGAAAACUUGUGUGCCUAAAAAUAAGAGGCGACUAAAACUAUUAAAGUGAUAAUAUGGUGGCUUGUAUAGAAGUUGUUUAGUGGUCACUUAAGUGUCCUCUCCAAAAAGUCCUUGAGGAGCCCGUUAAAGGGCCCCUAGAGUUCUUCUCAGUAAGUUGAGUAUAUUAUCCAAGAAGUGUAGAAUCUGUGAGUAAAUAGUUUUCCGAAAAAUUUAUACUUUUUAAUUACAAUUUUUUUAGGACGGUAAAUAUGAAGAACUGACGAUGGGAAAAAGGUGA